UUACACGUUUUUGUCCUAUUAUCUAGGGAUUGUUUGAUCUGGAGGGUUGACUUGGUAUUUGGUAUUCCGGUAGAUAGGAUAAAUUAUGUGAGCAUUGUAACUUCUCGAGCGUGCAGGUCACUGGUCAGUAGUUCAGACCGUUGGUGGGACAUCUUCGAACUGGUUCUUUGUGAUUGUAAACAAAACGUGAUUUUUCUUCUAUUUCGAAAAAAGUCAACACCCUUUAAAGUUUAAAGUUUCACGAAACUGCGGUGCGGUUUAAAACCACACUGCUUUGAACUUCUGUGCAGGUAGUGCUUUAUUCAAUUUAACAAGAGCUUCUACAACUUUUCCCCGAUAAACAGCCUCACUGACUUGUCGACUGGACCAUGAUGAAGGGAAAACUUGUAUUGAAGGAUAGUAGUGUGCCAUUUUCUUACAUAGUCCAAUCAAUGCACACAUACAUUGGGCAUGAUAUUAACUGUAAUGUCAGAUUAUACGGUGCAAAUGUCUCACCACAACACUGUGUUAUCAUCACAUUAAAUGGAGAGCCGCCAAUAAUACGAAACAUGUCUCAAACCAACACGACCUUAUUGAAUAAUGUUAACAUAAGUAGUGAAGAUUAUACGCUUAAAAACAAUGAUUUGAUAACAAUAGGGAACGUCCAGUUGUUAUGGACUACUGGCCAAAAGAAAAUGAAAAGGAAAAGAAGGGCAAAAUUGGUAGACGGACCAAAAAAAAGAUUGAUGAAAGAGUUUCUAAAUCCUACUAAAAAGCGUAAGAUCAUUGCGGAAAGGCUCUCUGAAACAGGUUUACUGUGUCGUGUAUUUUCCAAUUCAAAAGUUAAUUUUAGGAAAUCGCUAAGAAGUUUUGAUUUUGAUAAAUCUUUUAUGGGAAUGGCGUCCCCUGUUUUAGCCAAUGCACAAACGAAACAUGGUAAAAUGUGUUUUUCUCAUUCGACACCAGCUCCUGAUAAGUGCAAAUUGGAUAAGAACAGCAAAUUUGGUGAAAAAAGAACACCAUUUUUAUUUAGAAAAAAGAAAAUGUUAAAAAUGGAAUUGUCUACAAUUGAUGGGUCUUUUACAUCCAAUCCCUCUGAAAAAACAAGCGCUUUUAAUUUUAGUUUUUCACCCAGUGAAUCUAAGUCUUCAGUUAAGAAUCUUAAAGAUUCUCCAAGCCUCAGUAAAACAUAUGGUAGACUUCAAAAAUCACAUAAUGAUACAGUUGUUGACAAUAUCGAACUAACUAAAGACCAAUGUAAUUUUAAAAAUAAUUCUGAGCUAAAUUUUUCAAACAAGUCAAUUUUAAAAACGCCUUCUCUGACUACUAAGAAUGAAAAUAGAUCACUAACAAGUCUUCGUUCAAAUGUCACUCCUAGCCGUCAAACUAAACAGUUGUCAUUCCUUUCACUCAAUUCAACUAAGAAAAAAGCUUUGGCUAGGACGUCUAUGAACAUUAGUUUAAAGGAAGAUUCAUUCACUCCAUCUCGUAGGAAGUCAAUAUUAAAAAAUACCACUUUAUCAGAUUUGUCUGUAAAAUCUUUGCCUGGCCGAUCUGAACUUGGUUCGCUCAAGAAUGAAGAUAUUCCUUGUACACCGAAGACAGUGGAAAGAACAAAAGAAAUAAAUUUUAGAUCUCCUAGAAAUAGUUCAUUAAGGUUAGAAAGUGACUGUUCUCCUAGUUCUACGCCAAAAAAACCCUGCUACUUUAAGAAGCUGGCAUUUUCAGUACCAAGACAAAAAAUGGCAGCAAAGAAAAAUUUGAGUAAAAACAUAGACGCUUUAUGUCUUGAAAAAUCAGUUAAGGCUGCAAAACAACUGAAAUCAGAACCACCAAAGGCAUUAGAUAAAAAGAAGGUAGCAGCACUACUAGUGUGCCAUAGGAAAAAGUCACCUGCAAAACGGCCAGAUGUUCAGAAUGAGCUAUCAACACCAGAGGAACAACAGUUACCAAUCUUAAAUAAAAGUAGGAUUUCAGCCUCGGAAUCUCCACUCUCAGCCAAUGUCAAGACAUCAGUUGAUUAUGUAUCGCUUCGAAGGGAACAAAAAGAUGAAUUGCUUAAUGCCCUCGAUCUUAAAAGAAAAUCGGAGUUUAGCCCAAAAUUGAACAAGCCGAGUUGUACGAGAAGGCUUAGAAGCUCUAGUAGGAGCAGUAAGAUUGGAACUAACGGUGAAUCGGGUGAUUGUAACUCUCUCAGACCAGUAGCAAACCUUUUAGAACUUGCUGAUAAGAAAAUUGAAGGUAUUUUCAAUACUUCGUCUCAAGUGAACACUUCUGUUAAAAAACUACUACCACUUCCCACCGUUUCUCAUAUGGACAGAGUUUAUACCACGUCUACAGUUGUUGACUAUACUGAUGUCAGUGGUGUUAAAAAAUUGUUUACUCCCUCUCCUAAAGGAGAUUAUAGAAAUCCUAUGGGAAUAAAAGAAUUAUUUGCAACUGAAAAAUCAAGUUACUUAAAUAUUCAAGGGGUCCGAGAAUUGUUUUCUGAUGAUAAUUUAUCAAGUAACAACAUUUCUUCUAAAUCAGACUGUGGAGCUAAUAACAAUAAAACAUCUGUUGUUAUUCCUGUUAAGUCAUCUAAACGUUUGGGUAGUCCUAUUAAUAAUAAUGAUUGUUACGGCUCGAAAAGAAUUAAGAUAGACAAUACAUCACCAUCAAAGAAAAAUCCAUUCGUUUCUCUGAAAAAAGUAACCUUUGAAAUCAACGAGACCUAUAAAGUUAGAGCUGGAAAAACUCCCACUAAAAUUAAAAUGAACAACAAACAAAAGGUAAUGAGUAAAGAUAAAAAAUCCAACAAUGAGGCUAAAUCUAAAAGGAACAAAACUAGUAGUGAUAUUUUAACAACUUUGAAGAAAGAUAAAGUAAAGUCUGGUGUAGGUUCGACUAGAGCCAAAAUUUCUACACAAAGAAAAUCUAAAACAAUUAAAUCAAUUUUGAAUGCUCGUACUUUACAAAAUGACUCAGAUAUAAAUAGGUCGUUAAAUGAAUCAAACUCAACAAAACAUUUAACAAAAGAAAGUAAUGAAAAAGUAACUACUAACAAUGAAAGAGAGAAUAAACGUAAAAGUGUGAAGAAUUCAAAGAGCUUGACAAAGACAAAAAUAAAAAAUUCUUCAACAUCGACAAGUUUAAAUCAAUCAGAAACAGUAAAGCAAAAGAAAAGACACUCCUUAAAUUGUCCAAAGACAGUACUACCAAAACAAAGGAAAACUGUUAAGAAGACAGUUGCUCGUGAAUCACAUGCAAAUACCUCCAAAGUUGCUAAUGUAGCUUCAAAUAAAAUGAUCAAAAAUUCAAAAGUACAAACUCCAGUAAAGAAUAAAAAGGCAACAGAAUGUUCUAAUCCUAAAUCCUUAAAGAGAACAUAUUCACCUAAAACUACAAAUUACAAAAAAGAAAAAUCAUCAGAAAAUCUCAAAAAGAAAACUAAAUCCCAGGAAGUUUCGAGAUCUAAAGCAGAAUCUCUAAAAACACCAACUAACAAAGCGCGCUCUAAGAAUAAAAAAAAUAAUGAAUCUACUGCAAAAAUUGAGUCGAGUCAACUUCAAAGCCCAAAUGUAAGUGUUAAAACAUCGAAAAAUGUGAAAAAGCCAACUCAAAUAAAGAGAUCCUCUCCAACAACAGUGGAAAGGAUAAAAUUGCCAAAAUCGUCCAAUUCUACAAAAAAUUCGAAGUCAUCUGCAGAGGGUAAAACAAAAAACUCAAAUGAUUCUGCUCGUAUAAAAAAUAAAAAAUCAACUGUAGAGGAUAAAACAAGAAACUCUAAACAAGCCAAAAAACUAAAGAUAGAAAAAAGUAAAACUAUUGCAACCAGAGGGAGAAAAAAAUCUUCAACACCUGCUUCUCAAUUAGCACCACCGUCCAAAUUGAAUACAAAACCACAGCCUAAACAAACUAAGACUAAUUCUACUAAAUCGGCAACAAAAUCUGUGAAAAAGACACCUAAGGAUAUUAAAGCAUCACCGUCAAGCUCUAAAAAGCCAGCUACUGUUAGUCUGUCACCCAGGAGGACAAGAUCAAAAUCUAAAAUUUAAAGCCUUUCAAAGAUUAAAGGUUAGAUGUACACAAUGGUGUGUUAUUUUUUAACACACUGUCUUUUGUUGCAUUGCAAAUUUAUAAUUGUACAGAAUAAUCUUGUAAAUGGUUUAUACAUUGAGUAAAUAUUUUUUGUCAUUUUUAUUUUAUUUUCACAAUAACUUUUCACUACAACACAAUAACAAUCAAAAUAUCUCUGUUAAAUAGCAUUCUGUUUACUAACUUUUAUCACAAUUUUUGUAAUGAUGAAGCAUAUUUUAUUUUAAAUAGACUUUAUUUCUAUAUCUGUGAACAGACGUAGCUCUAAAAUCUAUGCGUGUGAAGUUGGGAGAGCUCUUUCAAAGAGUUUUAACUAAAUACGGUAUCAUCAGAAUUAUGUCUUACAGUUGGGUGUAUGGUGGUAAUUAUUGAACUUGUAUUUUUUAUUUCAUAGUAAAAACACCCAACUAAAAUAUAAUGGUGAACUGUAGUACUAGUGAAAAUAUUUAUUUUUGUUUCAUAAAAGAUAAAUAAAGAAAUAUAAGAGAU